AUGGGUCUCCCAAACGAAACGACUGGCGCCCCAGAAAUCGUCUCUGAGGGUCGCGCCCCCGACCAAGUCGAUGACAAGGACCACGAAGUUGUCGACGAGAAGCCUGCUCCCUACGUCGACCCGAAUACCGGUGGCCUUGCUGGUGUUGAGAAAAUUGAGGCAUUGACCAAGACAUGGACUAAGCCAUGGCUUAUUGUCGCCUACAUUUUUAUCUGGCUCAUUUUCUUCACCGACUCCCUGCAACAGCAAAUCUCCAGCUCCCUACUGCCAUAUGCUGUUAGUGACUUCGGCCUUCACGGCUUGAUGGCCGCGACCGGCAUCAUCUCGAACAUCGUGGCAGGAGUCAGCAAGCUGCCCCUCGCGCGUGUCAUCGACAUUAUCGGUAGAACCCAAGGCCUUUGCAUCAUGCUAGGAUGUGUCGUCAUUUCACUGAUUCUCAUGGCCACUUGCAACAACGUCGAGACCUACGCUGCUGGCCAAACCUUCUUCUGGACAGGUAUGAACGGCAUCGGAUACGUGCUCAACGUCUUCAUGGCCGACACCUCGACGCUCAAGAACCGAAUGAUUUUGUUUGGCUUCACUUCGACUCCCUACAUUUCAAACACCUUUGCCGGACCUGCCGCCGCCCAAGCGUUCCUCGACGGUAGCACCUGGAGAUGGGGAUAUGGCGCCUUCACGAUCAUCAUCCCUGUCAUGUGCGCACCCCUCAUCGUCAUCUUCACACUUCAGCUGAGCCGAGCCAAGAAGCUGGGUCUCUAUGUGAAGCCAGAGACCAACCGCACCCUCUGGGAGUCUGUGAAAUACUGGGUAAUUGAAUUCGAUGUCGCCGGAAUUCUCAUUGCUGUUGCCGGAUUUUCUCUCUUUCUGCUACCUUUCAGCAUCGCCGGCUACCAAGCGCACAUGUGGGCUGAACCAAGGAUCAUUGCGAUGAUCAUUUUGGGCGGUUUGUGCCUCAUCGCGUUUCCUUUUUACGAGAAGUACAUUGCGCCCAAGACGUUUAUUCCGUGGGAGUUAUUCCAGAACAGGACAGUCUUAGUAUCGUGCUUGCUCGGAGGAAAUAUGUGGAUCAGCUUUUACUGCUACAAGGUCCAAUUCUCGUCUUAUCUGCAGGUUGUCUACGAUCUUAGCGUCUCGAGAGCCGGUUUCAUCACCAACAUCUACAACAUCGUGUCCUGUGCAUGGGCAAUUCCUGUCGGACUUCUCAUGCGAUUUUCCGACCGAUACAAAUGGUUAGGAUGGGCAUCGAUUCCUCUCCAGAUGCUUUCGACCGGUUUGAUGAUCAAGUUCCGCAUGCCCGACACCCAUGUCGGUCUCGUCAUCAUGUGCGAAGUUCUUGGGGCCUUCGCCGGAGGCACCAUUGUCCUGGUCGAACAGAUUGCAAUCAUGGCAUCUGUUGCUCACCGUGACGUUGCCGUUGGCCUCGCUCUUCUGGCACUGGUUACGAGUGUCGGCGGUGCCAUCGGCCAGUCUAUUAGCGGUGCUAUUUGGACUAACUUGAUGCCCUCCAAGUUGGAAAGCUACCUGCCUGAUGAACUCAAAGACCAAGCUCUCACCAUCUAUGGUGAUCUUGCGACUCAGCUGAGUUACCCGGUUGGAACUCCUGAGAGAGAUGCAAUUAUCCGCGCCUACGGCGAGACGCAAAAGGUAAUGAUUAUUGCGUCGUUGGUGGCGUUAGUCGGCUCUGUACUUUGGGUUGCGUUGAUGAAGAAUCACCGCCUGAGUGACAAGCAACAGACGAAGGGUACGCUGUUCUAA